AUAGCUGCUCUAAUGCCCGACACUAUCAACAAAGAAUUUGUGAAAAGCUUCAGAGUUUCCAGCAGCUGUAGGAGACAUGGAGCUAGAACUACAUCUAAAGCAAUACGCUUUGGCAUUCACUUUGGAAAAUUGGCUUUGAAUGAAAAAAAAACAACCAACACACUGGAAACAUCUAAUUUGAGUAAACUUUAAGAUAUAAUAUUUAAACUACUCUUACACAUAAAGAUAAACUUUUCAUAGACUGAAUAUAAUUGGUUUGUUGAGAUUUGUCUUGCUUGAGAUCAGCUCAAAUUUAUUGAUCUCCAAAAACACAAAACAGUGCUUGAAAUUUAAGUGUUAUAAUUGAUAAAUUUAUAAACAUUCAUCUAAAAACACACAUUUACUGUAAAAGCACUGUUACUAACUAGUGACCCGUUGGUGCUGACUCUGGACUGACUGCAGGUUUGUACUCAGGUUUGCGUUAAGUAGAUAUUUGUAACUGAAAAAUUAGAAAAUAAAUAUUCUCUUUGUUUAAUAUUUGGCUUUUUGGGAAAAAAAGGCCUAAUAGUAUUGCUUACAUAUAUAUAAACAUCUAGUACAUAUUGCUAGCUGUUUCUUUAAUAUUCAUAAACAGUUUUUACAUUUAUAUACAGUUUAAAGUUAUCUGUUCCAGUUUCUACACAAGUUUUAUAUAUAUUUAAGUUUAUAGAUAUAUCAGUUGUAUUUGUUAGUUAUCAGGAAUUAUUUUUUAAUUCUACUGGUAUUAAAGUAUUUUACAAAGAAAACUAUUUGCAAAGGUUUUUUGCUUCCUUUACUAACAUUUAUUUGACUUAGAAAGAUACAAAUACUAAAGUUUGUGAUUGUGCUUCACAAUUUGACCAUUGUUAACUUAAAUAUACAAAUUUUAUUACAUUAGAAAAGUAUUCCCUGAUCCUGAAUCCAUUAUUUAACUUUUACUGACUACAGGAUUAGUUUCACUGGUGAUUUGUGAAGAGUGAACAACUUGAUAAUAAAAUAAAAACAUCUGGACUGAAGACCUGGAGCUGUAGUUUCCUGUCUGAAGAGAAUCUACAAGCAGUUGAAUCCAGAAACUUGUCACCUGCUGUCCAGCUGUGUUCCAGAUGUUGGUUAUAGUCGCUGUUUAAGUGGUUCUUGUGUUUCAAAAUAGACGUUAUUGAAACCUUAUUUAACUGUGUUAGAAAUCAAAAGCUACUGCUGAUAAAAGCUUAGGUUGGUGUGUAGUUACAGUUUAAAGUCAACGUUUAACAGUUGUUACAGAGUUCAGUUACAUUUAAAGAGCAAGUCACUCCCAAAUAAACUUUUUUUGCUGAUAAACUAAAUAAACGAGUGUGUAAUGGUGCUGCAGAAUCGUGUCGUCAAUAAUUUGGCACUUCAGUGCAUCUUAGUUAAAAUUUAAAUAUUCUGCCUAAAACUGGCAGUGUUGUGCCGUUGUCAGGUAAAAACUGCACUGUAUUCUAAUUUAAAUCAGCCACAGCUAUUGGCUAAGAGGUAUGAUAUGAUGUCAUCUGGUACAUUAUGAUGUCACAAUGCUGUCGUGAGCCUGUGUGUGUGUGUGUGUGUGUGUGUAUUUGUUAGCAGCUCCGCCCUCUCGGUCUGCCAGGCAACAGCAUUUGUUGCAUUUUUCAAACAUGAAGUGAGAGUGGAGUUAGACUCUGUGUGACGCCUCAAAAGGCAUUUAUGUCAUUUAUAUUGCAUGUUUCAUUUAAAGUUAUCCAUUUAUAUGCUUUUAAGUUACAAAGAACAGUGAAGAGGUUAAAAAUGUUAAAUGGGAAGAUUUUAUUUUGAAGGUGAACUUAUUAAUGACCUCACUUCCUGCUGGGUUACAUGCAUUGGUUGAUUUCCUGUUUACUUCCUCUUCUUGGCUGCUCUGAGAGUGAGAGUGUCAUGCGGUCAUGCUCUGAGGCUUAUCCACAGCCAUCCACUUGGGAAUAUUGUUCAGGCAACGCCUUUUCACCGCUUGUCAAAUGAAGGUUCUAAGAGUAAAAAGUCAACUCUACUCUGACUCCUGUAUUGUUUGACAAAGGUUUAGCUUGGUGUUUACUCAGAGUUGCUACACUCUGCAACAGGACACUACAGUGAAAAGGCGAACUCAAUGUUUCUACUUGGUCGAGAUGGCAGCCAGCAACAAGUCAUCGGUAUCAAAUACCAGGAGCAACAUGACAUCAGCAUCAUCAGUGAGUGCAGCCCGUGCCAGAGCUAAAGCAGAAGCUGCUAAGGUACGAGCAUCGUAUGCUAGUCAGGAGGCUAAAUUAAAGCUGGAAAAGGCUGCUAGAGAAGCAGAACGGCUAACUAGAGAAGCUCAAAAUCAUUUGGAAGCCACUAGAAUUGAUACAGAGCUGGAAGUGCUGACAUUAAAUCGUGAAGCAGACGCAGCUGUCGCUGAAGCACAAGUGUUGGAAGAUGUAGCAGAAAUGCAUGGAAAUGUGGAAAAUGUGAAAUCCGAGUCAGAAGAGAGGCUUAGAUUGCAACGCAUCAGUGACUAUGUUCACUCUCAAGAUCACAACCAGUCUCCCUUUGAAGCGGUAUCUGUCCAACCUGAAUCGCAAAACAGUUUCAGAACAUGGCUUCCACCUGCAAGCUUAGCAGAAUUCCAGUAUAGCAAGAGCAAGCCUAAUCCUGAAAUGGGUGAUGGGACACAUCCACCUUCAAAAAACCUGUCUAAACUGACCAGAGCUGAGUCAAAGACUGAAAUCGAAAGGACAGACCCUCGCACAUUUACAGGUGCUCAGUCACAAACACCCAGGAAAAUGCUUCCAGUGAACGUGUCACAACCACCAGACCCUCUGGCACAGUAUAUGGCGCGACGUGAUCUUGUUGCCUCAGGACUGUACCAAUUUGACGAUAAGCCAGAGAAUUAUCGUGCAUGGCGGUCCUCAUUCAUUAAUGCUGUGGAUGAAGUUCAACUUACAGAAACACAAGAAUUAGACCUCAUGACCAAAUGGUUAGGGAAAGAGUCUGGCCAACAAAUAAGGUGCAUACGUUCAGUGUACGUGAACAAUGCAAGUUUGUCUCUCCACAAGGCAUGGGAGAGGUUGAAUGACUGCUAUGGUGCCCCUGAGAUAAUUGAGCAGUCAUUGUUCCAGAGACUCGACAGUUUUCCAAAAAUUACGGCCAAGGAUCACGUCAGAUUACGUGAACUUGGAGAUUUGCUCACGGAGAUACAAGGCGCCAAGGAGGAUGGAUUUCUCACCGGGCUGACGUAUCUAGACACCUCAAGAGGUAUUGGACCCAUAGUAGAUGUAGCGUUGUGGUUUUAUGCUCUUUUAUGAAAGAGAAACCAUGCUACGUAUUAAUUCGGAAUAUUAAUUUUAAUAAAUCAAUAACCAAAUUUUAUAUUGUUCAGAAGACUCAAAGGUUGUUUUCAUCAAUAAACUGACGAUAAUAUCUAAGUGUCUGUGUUUCAGUUCAAUGAGGAAACCAGUUUCACAAUUAAAAGUUUUAAUUCAUCAAAUUAAACUAAUGAUUUUGAAAUUGACAAACAGGAAAUACAAUCAACAUUGGUAACUUUGUGGGACAAUCUUUUUAACAGUUGAUAUGCUGUUCUGGCUCAAAUAGACCUUCUGAUGAAUUUAUGAAGAUUGAGAAUGUUGUGAUUUGUGCUGGUGAUAUGAGAUGAGAUGGAUGCGUGUGUGCAUCUGAUUUUGCUUCAGGAAGAAACAGGUGUCUGAGUGAAA